UAGUUUGAAUUUUACAGAAUAUUUUCACCUCUCAAACCAUACCCCUUAGUCGUAUAGCUCUUCGAGCUGCACGAUUCGACGAAGAGGUUUGCGUAAGCGUCCGGCACUUGCUGAUUUUUCUGAAUUUGAUUGACAGAAGACAGAGCCCGUAAAACAGACCUAUCGUAAAUUGUAACAUUCUUUUUGUCUCGAUAGGCCUCCCCUCUAGCCUCGUCCUUUAAUUCCUCCAUCCUCAUUCACUAAUUAUCCGUAAAUUUCUCGAUCUCCAUCUUUCACUCUCUGAGACGGGCUCACCCACACACAGAGAACCUCAGAUUUCAUAUACCCAGAACACCAAAAUCAAUCCUUUUUGGUAUUGCGGGGGAUGGGUAUCACUGGAGACGAAGAAUCUGGAACCCAGCUUCCUGAGAACGCAAAAGUUCUUCCCUUUUUAGGUACAAUUCACCGCUGGUUCAAGUUGUCCUUAUUGGGGUAGUCUGCUUUUGUUGCCCUGGCAUGUUCAAUGCACUCUCCGGCAUGGGUGGCGGUGGUCAGGUGGACCCCACUGCAGCUAACAACGCCAACACUGCUCUUUACACCUCCUUCGCCAUUUUUGGCGUCCUCGGCGGUGGCAUCUACAACAUCCUCGGACCCCACCUAACCCUAUUCGCAGGCUGCUCUACCUAUGUCAUCUACGCCGGUUCGUUCCUCUACUACAACCACUACCACCACCAAGCCUUCGCCAUCGUCGCCGGCGCCAUACUCGGCAUCGGCGCUGGCCUCCUGUGGGCGGCGCAGGGUGCUAUCAUGACUUCCUACCCUCCGGUCAAUCGCAAAGGGACUUAUAUUUCCCUAUUCUGGAGUAUCUUCAAUAUGGGGGGUGUGAUUGGCGGGCUUAUCCCUUUCAUUUUGAAUUACCGUCGUAGCGAGGCUGCUUCUGUUAAUGAUGCAACCUAUAUAGGAUUCAUGUGCUUCAUGUCCGCUGGAACGGUUUUGUCUCUAACAAUCUUGCCCCCCCAUAAGGUUGUUCGUGAUGAUGGGACCAAGUGUACAAAGAUCUUGUACUCUAAUGUCUCCACUGAGGCUCUGGAAAUUCUGAAGCUGUUCUUGAAUUGGAAGAUGCUUCUCAUAGUUCCUGCUGCUUGGAGCAGCAAUUUCUUCUACACUUACCAGUUCAAUAACGUCAAUGGAGUUCUUUUUAAUUUGAGAACAAGAGGGUUGAACAGUGUGGUCUACUGGGCUGCUCAGAUGUUGGGGUCGGUGGGAAUUGGGUAUUUGAUGGAUUUCAGUUUUAAGAGCAGAAGAAUAAGGGGAUUUGUGGGGAUUGGUGUUGUUGCUGUCCUUUCUUCUGCUAUAUGGGGUGGUGGUCUGGCCAAUCAACUCAGGUACUCCAAGAAUAAUUUGCCUGAUAAAUUGGAUUUUAAGGACUCAGGUUCUGCUUUCGCUGGACCCUUUGUCUUGUACUUCUGCUUUGGAUUGCUAGAUGCCAUGUUCCAGAGCAUGGUCUAUUGGCUCAUUGGUGCCCUGGCUGACGAUUCUGAGAUCCUUAGCAGGUACGCUGGAUUCUAUAAAGGGAUUCAAAGUGCAGGAGCAGCAGUGGCUUGGCAAGUUGAUACGAGGAACGUGUCCUUCAUGACACAGUUGAUAGUGAAUUGGGUGCUCACCACUGUAAGCUAUCCGUUAUGA